GCCCUAUCUGGAUGGAAUAGUAAGAGAUCUACCUGCAGAUUACGAAGAUGAAUUAAAGGAGAGAGCACAUGUGCAGCAGAUCUCAAGAACUGGAAAUUCUAGAAAUCAGGUACAAAUUAGUUCUUCAGCUAAUGAACAGGCCAAGUCUGCAGGUGAAAUGCCGUAUGCAACAGGCCUUGUUCUUGGUGGUCAGGACCGAGAACUUCUCCAAAGGAAAAAAGAGAAAUACAGGCAAGAACUAAUAGAACAGAUGGCUGAGCAACAGCGAAAUAAGAGACGUGAGAAGGAACUUGAGCUCUCAGUUGCUGCUUCUGGAGCUCAAGACCCAGAAAAGAAGCUAAGUGAUGAGGAGCCAAAUAGAUUGAAGCAGUUUGGCUUGACAGCGAGAGCUUCUGAAGAGAAAGUACCUCCUGAAAGGCCUAGGGUGGCUUUCCAAACUCCGGUGCCCAUCUCUUCAGCCUCCCCAGUGAAUGAAGAAUUUCACAGGGGACUAGCCAGCACUCUUGGUGAAAUAGCAGCGCCCAGGCUUGCACCGAUGCCACCACCUCCACCACCAGUUUUGACAGACAACUAUAGAACGCCUUAUGAUGAUGCGUAUUACUUUUACGGGGUUAGGAAUCCUUUGGAUCCCAAUCUUGCAUAUUAUGGUACAGGUAUGAUGGGAAUGCAAGCCACACCUAAUCCGGAUCCUCCUUUAGGCCAAGCCCCAGUAGAGCAAUCUGUAAGUAACACUGGACAGAGGAAUACAGGAGACAGACAAAGAAGCAUAGGAGUAUUUUCUGAAGAAAAAACAAAGCCUUCCAAAGAGGCAACAUUAUCUUAUCAACAAGAAUUACAACAGCAGAUAAGAGAGAGAGAGGAACGACGCAGACAAGAGAGAGAGGAGAAGGAACGCUACGAAGCCAAGCUAGAAGCAGAAAUGAGGAACUACAACCCCUGGGGAAAAGGUGGUGGUGGUGCUCCUCUCAGAGAUGCAAAAGGAAAUCUGAUAACGGACUUGAAUAUGAUGCACAAGCAAAACGAAGAUGCAUAUCAUAAUCCAGAGGCAAGACUAUAUGAAGAUAAAAGGGCUAUUGUAUCUGUUGACCUAAGUUUGGCCUCCCCAAGACCUGAGAACACAGAAGCAUCUACAAAUAAAAUAGCAGGUUUUACAUUUGCACAGACCUCUCCUUUUGCUCGAGGUAAUGUGUUCGGUGAACCACCAUCUCCACAGCAUCUUAAGCGACAGGAGUCAUACAAGAACUUUCUCCGUCUACAGAUUGAAGAAAAGAGACGUAGGGAAGAAGCAGAGCGAGAAAAACUUAGAAUGGAAGAAGAAAAAGAAGAAAAACGACUAGCUGAACAGAGGAUGAGAAUUCAAAAAGCGUAUGAAGAUGAACAACAAGAGAAAAGAAAGAAAGAGGAGGAGCGAAGAUUGAAAAAUAAAGAAAUAAUUCGAUUAGAUGAAGAGAGGCAAAAAGAGGCAGAAAAAAGAAGAAAAGAAAAAGAAGAAAAGCAAGAUGAACAAUUUAGACAAUAUUUUGAGAAAGAAAAGAUGGAAGAGGAAAAGAAGAUGUUUUCAAGGCAGCCUUCUCCCAUCGUUUCUGCCCUUCAAAACAAAUCAAUAAGAAAAGAAGAAAGGAUUCCCUCUGCUGAGAGCCAUGUAUCUUACUAUGCACAAGAUCCUCCAAAACCAAGGGUUCCUUCUCCACCUGUCCCUGCUAGAAGAAAUCAGUUGCGUGCAUUUGAGGAAAGAAAGAAUGUGAUAAAUGAAUUAUCAGAGAUGAGGAAACAGCUUCGUAGUGAAGAGAAGCGACUGCAGGAACAGUUGCUAAAUGUGGCCAGUGAUGAUGAUGCACCGAUUACACGUGGGAGGAGAGAGAAGAAUCCAAAGGACAUAUUUGAGAUGGCCAGGCUUCGUCUGCAGGCUCCAGUAAGGCGACCUUCAUCAAAGGAGGCACAAGAUCCCAUCAAUAUACAGAAUAUCUGGGAAUUUAAUGAACUUAAAUACAAAGAUUCUGAAACACGUAUGGGCUUGAGGCACAUGUAUCCUGAUCCUCCAAAAGAUGACCAGACUCUAGAGAUUCAACAGCAGGCACUGUUGAGGGAGCAGCAGAAGAAACUUGACAGAAUGAGAAUGAGGAGAGAAACAGAAGAUGAUUCUGCUUCUGGCGGUAACGCACAAACCAUGGGACUGUUCAGGAAUGAAUCUAAUGAAUUCUUGAAAAAUUCACUGUUGGAAUCAGAUAGCGCUUUUAUCGGUGCUAAUGGGGAAACGUUUCCUGCCUUAGGAGAAGAUAAUUUAUCACCACAGCUUCCACCAUCUGCAAGGGAGAGGAGACGAAUAAAGCAGAAAGCUUUGGAGUGUGCUGAGGAUGUUCCACCAGGCCAGACACCGUUGCUGCAGCCUGACAGCUUUUCUUUGCACUCAAGCUUCAGCCUCGAUGUUGAUCAGUUGAAAGGCAAGAAUGAAGAACGAUUGCAGAGACUGACUGAGCUCCAGCAGAAAUCUGCUUACUUAG